AUGGAUAUACUUGAUAAUAUUAUUGAAACUGCAUAUUCUUUGGAUGAAAGAUCUAGGGCUACAGGAUAUAUUAGAGCUGCUCAAACGUAUGAGUAUGUUAACUCUGGAAGAUCACGGUGUAAAUCUGCUGACUAUACUGUCUUUCAUCAUUAUCGUGUUGAAGUCUUUUGCAAAAUAAUUUAUUGGCAAUUGCAAGAACUUAAUGAUCGUUUUGAUGAGGUGACAACUGAGUUGCUUUAUGGUGUUGCUUGUUCGAAUCCGAUAGACUCAUUUUUAAAUUUUGACAUCCAGAAAAUAAUGAGAAUGACUGAAUUAUAUCCUGAUGACUUUGAUGAACUUAUUCUGUGUGCACUUAAGAAUCAGCUUGCAAACUACAUUAUUGAUGUUCGUGACAUCGAUAAAAGGUUCUCUAAUUUAAAUGGGUUUUGUGAUCUUUCAAAAAAAUUGGUUCAGACAAAAGAGCAUUCCUGUUAUCUUUUUAUAUUUCGUUUGGUGAAAUUUGCGUUGCUUCUGCCAGUUGCCACUGCAUCAGUUGAAAGAGCCUUUUCAGCAAUGAAGUUUAUUAAGAAUGAGUUGCGGAGUAGAAUGAACGAUGACUUUUUGAGUGGUUGCAUGGUUCCUUUUGUGGAAAAAGAUGUGUUUAAUAAUGUUUCAAUUGAUGAUAUUAUUUUGUCUUUUAAAGCAAUGAAACCUCGUCGAGUGGUAUUGUAA